UUUAUAUAGAGCAGUGAAACAAGGGAGACUACUUUAAAAAUAUUUAUACUUUUUAAAUGUGUAGUUUGUGUCUACGUCAAAUCCAUGCUUAUAAAUUAAUGUCCACUGAUUGAUAAAUUAGAUCUAGAAUAAGAAUAUUAGGACAAUUAGGAUCUCCAAACUAUAACUAUAAGACGAGAACAAAGAAUGGUAUUUUUCAACUGCAAUGCAUGCGCCGAAGCGUUAAAGAAAAAUCAAGUUGAAAAACACUUGCUGAGGUGUCGACAAUGUAAAGUUUUAUCAUGUGUAGAUUGUGGAAAAGAUUUUUGGGGCAAUGAUUAUCAGCAACACACAAAGUGCAUGACAGAAAAUGAAAAAUACUGUGGUAAAGGAUAUGUGCCGAAAGUAAACAAGGGGGAAGUCAAACAAGAGCAGUGGAUUGAGAAAGUACAAAAAGCUAUAGAAGUUUCAGCUUCAAAUACUAAAUUGAAAGAUAUCUUAGAGAAACUGAAGGAAUAUCCUAACAUUCCACGCAAGAAGCAGAAAUUUGAAAAUUUUCUCAAAAACAGUUUAAGAUUUCAUAACCAGGCAUUAAUCAAUCAAUUAUGGGACGUGUUGAUGUCUGCUGCUGUGGCCAACACUGUAAAGAAUGGUAAAAACACAACAUGUGAGACAAAGACUGAAAUCUCCCAAAAUACAGAAACACUGAAUCCUCCAUCACAUACAGAGGCUCCACCAGAAAAUGAUAAAUCUAAACUGAGCAAACGAGAGAAAAAAGAAGAAAGGAGGAAACUAGCCAACAAAAAGGAAAAGAAAGACAAAGCUAAGAAUGAAGAGGUAGACCAACAGGAGAAGAAAACUAAAAAAAGGAAACACUCAGAGGAAGAAGAUGAAGUCAUUGCAGAGAAAAAGUCAAAAAAGAAGAAAGUAGAAUCAAAGGAAGUUCAACCUGAAGAGAAUGGUGAAAAUGGUGAAGUAGAAUCUGAACAAGAAACAACUCAAGUGGAGACCAAGAGAAAGAAGAAAAGAUUUGACUGGGAAGCUGUCAUUGUUCAAGUGUUGGAGUCAAAAGGAGAAAUAUCCUUGAAGAAAUUGAGAAAAAAGGUGCUGAAUGAAUUUCUUUCUCAAGAUGCUGCCAACUACUCAGAAGAAAACUUGAAAGCCAAAUUUGAUAAAAAGGUGAACAAAAUUUCCAAGGUGAAAGUAUUUAAAGACAGGGCAAAAUUAAAAUGAUUUUAGUAGACAAAUAAAAUAUCUUUAAAUUA